ACAUGUUGAACAACAAGCACCCACUACCGUUGACUACUCAUUUUUUUAAAUUACAAUAAUCAGCUCAUCCUCACAUUUCAAUCUCAAAUCUUCAAAAAUGGGAUCCAAAUCACGAAUCCACCACCCUCGACCUUCUCAAUUUCUACGUAAAUCAUCUUCAAAUCUCAUCUUCACAGUACUCAUAACGUGUUCAUUCUUCAUCUUAAUCCUUCUGGCCUUCGUAAUUCUUUCGAUUCCGACCAGUUCCUCCGAUUCUCCCAAGGCCCGUGAAGUCAACUCCAUUGUUCAUCGUUCUGUUGAAAGCAAGAAGAAUGGAGAUGAGAGGAGUGAUCAGUGGGUUGAAGUUAUUUCAUGGGAGCCUAGAGCUGUUGUUUAUCAUAAUUUUUUGUCCCAGGAUGAAUGUCAGCAUCUGAUUGAUCUUGCCAAGCCUCACAUGGAGAAGUCGACCGUUGUUGAUAACGAGACUGGCAAGAGCAAAGAUAGUAGGGUGCGUACGAGUUCUGGAACAUUUCUGGCCAGAGGGUAUGAUGAAACAGUCAGAACCAUUGAAAAGAGGAUUGCGGAUUUCACCUUCUUGCCUGUAGAAAAUGGGGAAGGACUGCAAGUUCUACACUAUGAAGUCGGGCAGCAAUACGAGCCUCAUUUUGACUACUUCCUUGAUCCAUUUAACGCCAAGAAUGGUGGUCAACGAAUGGCUACGGUUCUGAUGUACCUCACAGAUGUUGAAGAAGGGGGUGAGACGGUUUUUCCUAACGCAAAGGGCAACGUUAGUGCUGUGCCUUGGUGGAACGAGCUGUCUGAAUGUGGUAAAGACGGGCUAUCUGUUAAGCCCAAAAUGGGAGACGCGUUGCUGUUCUGGAGCAUGAAACCUGAUGCAUCUCUAGACUCUUCAAGUUUGCAUGGUGGGUGCCCUGUUAUUAAGGGAAACAAAUGGUCCUCUACAAAAUGGAUUCAUGUCGAAGAGUAUAAGGUUUAAAUUUGCUUUAAAAGGUCUGAAUGACAUCAACUGUUUACAAAAGCCAAAAUAUUUGAUGUAGUCAUCCCUCAUUUCCAUGUAAUUUCUUUCAUAUAAUAUAUACAUAAAUAUUCAUAAUUUAUACUUUUGUUCUCAUUAUUUCAGACAUCAAGUUUAUAUAAUUUCAAUAUAUAUUUUUAUACAAAUAAGAAAACAAGUCAGUGUUUGAACAAGUUAAAGUA